AUGCCCCCCAAAAUCGAGGAGAUAAAAGACUUCUUGCUCACAGCUAGGCGAAAGGAUGCCAGAUCUGUCAAGAUCGAGAAAAACAAGGAUAAUGUGAAGUUUAAGGUUCACUGCAGCAGAUACCUGUACACCUUGGUCAUCACAGACAAAGAGAAAAGAGAGAAACUUAAACAGUCCUUGCCUCCUGGUUUGGCUGGGUUGAACUCCUAUGACUCCAAAAUUUAA